AGGCUAGUCGGCGAGCGGGAUCUGCGCUACAGAAAAGCGUAGAAGUCUGGUCAACAGUGUGGGAAGCUAAGUCAAAGCAAAAUGGCGACAGCCGGUGCAGCUGACUCGGGCUCGACUGCUCCUACAGACCCGAGGACCCCCUUCUGGAGGAUGCUGGUCUCCCGGGCCUCUCUCGGAGGGGCCAGUGGAUCCCGGAAGUUGGCCUCACCUGAGGCUCCGGGCUCCUCAGGCACCUCCCAGACCUUGAAGAAAACCAUCGGACACAGGGGGGUGGACCCCACUGGAGAGACCACCUACAAAAAGACGACCUCCUCCGCUCUGAAGGGGGCGAUCCAGCUGGGCAUCACGUACACCGUGGGCAGUCUCAGUCAGAAGGCCGAGCGAGAUGUGCUCAUGCAGGACUUUGUCGUCGUAGAGAGCAUCUUCUUUCCCAGUGAGGGCAGUAACCUGACCCCAGCUCACCACUACAGUGACUUCAGAUUUAAGACGUACGCUCCUAUUGCCUUCCGCUACUUCAGAGAACUCUUUGGCAUCCGACCUGAUGACUACUUGUAUUCUCUCUGCAAUGAUCCACUCAUCGAACUGUCAAAUCCGGGAGCGAGUGGCUCAAUCUUCUACGUUUCCAGUGACGACGAAUUCAUCAUCAAAACAGUGCAGCACAAAGAAGCUGAGUUUCUACAGAAGCUGCUGCCCGGAUACUUCAUGAACCUCAACCAGAACAAGCGCACGCUGCUGCCCAAGUUCUACGGCCUGUACUGCGUGCAGGCGGGCGGCAAGAACAUCCGCAUCGUGGUGAUGAACAACCUGUUGCCGCGCGCCAUCCCCAUGCACAUGAAGUUCGACCUGAAGGGCUCCACCUACAAGCGGCGCGCCUCGGCCAAGGAGCGCGACAAGAAAGUGCCCACCUACAAGGAUCUGGACUUCAUCCAGGACCUGCCUGACGGCCUGCAGAUGGAGACCGACAACUACAACGCCCUCAGCAAGACCAUCCAGAGGGACUGCUUGCUGCUGCAGAGCUUUAAGAUCAUGGACUACAGCCUGCUGAUGGGCGUCCACAAUGUGGACCAGGCGCUGAGGGAGCGGCUCGGGGACCACAGCGCGGCCGGAGAGGGCCCGAUCACGCCCGACCAGAAGCGCCCCCAGACCCAGAAGUCUCUCUACUGCACCGCCAUGGAGUCCAUUCAGGGCGAAGCCCGCGGCAAGGGAGCCUUGGACACAGAGGACCACAUGGGAGGCAUUCCAGCAAGGACUUCCAAAGGGGAGAGGCUACUCAUCUACAUCGGAAUCAUUGACAUUCUUCAGUCCUAUAGAUUCAUCAAGAAGAUUGAGCAUUCCUGGAAAGCUCUGGUGCAUGAUGGGGACACUGUCUCCGUCCACAGGCCUGGCUUUUACGCUGAGCGCUUUCAGAGAUUCAUGUGCAACACGGUCUUCAGGAAGCUCCCAUUAAGGCCCUCCCCCUCCAAGAAGAGUCGAGGGGGAUGUCCGAGCGUGGUGCGGAGGUUGCCCAUGGGGACCGGCGCCCCUGCGUCCACGUCCAGCGCGGCGGGGGGACACUCUGUGGUGGACGCCAGACUGGUGUACAGGCCUCACUUAAGCCAGGCAGACAUGGACGGAGACGGCGGCAUGCAAUUGGGCAGACCUGACAUUCUCCCUAAGACACUUCAGGUGGGUGACUCGGGUGAGUUUGUGGAGACGAAUCUAUCCAACUCAUCGCUUGGCAGCACUGGCCUCACCUCCAGCUCCCCCCCACUCAGGUCAGUAGGGGUCGAAGUGCACAAGUCUGCGAGCACAGAGCAAGAGCACACUAUCUACCACAGUGAUGGUGCUGAAGGUUUAGAUGAAGAAGUAGGCAAUGAAGAUGCGAUUUCACUCAAAGACAUAAUCCCCGAGACCAAUAUUUGUUUUUAAAGAUGGUGUGAGUCUCUAGAACACCUGAUGCAAGGAAGGAGGAGGAGAAGAAGAGAAGAGGG